AUGACAGCCUCCGUGCUCCUCCACCCCCGCUGGAUCGAGCCCACCGUCAUGUUUCUCUACGACAACGGCGGCGGCCUGGUGGCCGACGAGCUCAACAAGAACAUGGAAGGGGCGGCGGCGGCGGCGGCAGCGGCUGCAGCGGCGGCAGCGGCCGGGGCCGGGGGUGGGGGCUUCCCCCACCCUGCGGCCGCGGCGGCAGGGGGCAACUUUUCGGUGGCGGCGGCGGCCGCGGCGGCGGCGGCGGCCGCGGCCAACCAGUGCCGCAACCUGAUGGCGCACCCGGCGGGCGCUGAGGCCGCCAAGCAAUGCAGCCCGUGCUCAGCAGCGGCGCAGAGCUCGUCGGGGCCCGCAGCGCUGCCCUAUGGCUAUUUUGGCAGCGGCUACUACCCGUGCGCCCGCAUGGGCCCGCACCCCAACGCCAUCAAGUCGUGCGCGCAGCCCGCCUCGGCCGCCGCCGCCGCCUUCGCGGACAAGUACAUGGAUACCGCCGGCCCCGCGGCCGAGGAGUUCAGCUCCCGCGCUAAGGAGUUCGCCUUCUACCAGGGCUACGCGACCGGGCCUUACCACCACCAUCAGCCCGUGCCUGGCUACCUGGAUAUGCCGGUGGUGCCGGGCCUCGGGGGCCCCGGCGAGUCGCGCCACGAGCCCCUGGGUCUUCCCAUGGAAAGCUACCAGCCCUGGGCGCUGCCCAAUGGCUGGAACGGCCAAAUGUACUGCCCCAAAGAGCAGGCGCAGCCUCCCCACCUCUGGAAGUCCACUCUGCCCGACGUGGUCUCCCAUCCCUCGGAUGCCAGCUCCUAUAGGAGGGGGAGAAAGAAGCGCGUGCCUUACACCAAGGUGCAAUUAAAAGAACUGGAACGGGAAUACGCCACGAACAAAUUUAUUACCAAGGACAAACGGAGGAGAAUAUCAGCCACCACGAACCUCUCCGAGCGGCAGGUCACAAUCUGGUUCCAAAAUAGGAGGGUUAAAGAGAAAAAAGUCAUCAACAAACUGAAGACCACUAGUUAAUGGAUUAAAAAAUGGAGCAAGAAGUCAACUUGAAGAAAUGCUUCAGAACUCGUUGCUUUGCUCAGAUUACAAUAAUGUUUAAUAAUAAUUGAAGAAUGGAAAAGAUAAAGAGAGUUAUCGACAUUUUGCUCUCCUAGGGGAGAUCUCUUUCUCUUUAGUGGAAUCUACAACUGCUUUAAAACUUUAUGAAACGGUAAAGACUGCCAACACUCCCGCCAGCCCCACCAGCCCGUUAAGUGACAAACUCUAGUCAAACGUCAGCCCCCAAAUACGCAAUUUCAGAUAACUUAUGCAGUUACUGAAAUCUUGUAAGUAUUUAUGUGACUGUUAUAUUUUAGGACACUGUGUUAGGUGGUAAUAACCUAAAGGUUGGUUACAAAAGCAAGAGGCGGUUGUAAACAUCUGCUUGUCCUUAGGUUGCCAUUCCCUUUGCAUGUUAAGUGCCUGCUCAGGUAAAUCUUAGUGAAAUUCCUACCAUUGUUGUAUGUCCUGCAAAAUGUUUUAUGUAUAGAUUUAGAGGGGAAAAGAGAAGGUACUGAAAUAAUGAUUUUGGACUAUUUGCUAUGAAGGAAGAAAGGGAGAGAAAGCUCUUCCGAGGAUCAUUUGUCUUGGUAGUAAAAACAAACAUCUGAACCUUUGAGGCUACAAGGGAACCAGGGGUUGUUAAUGUCCUUCUGAGAAUAAUUUUUAAUUGCUUAUAACAAGCAUAUUUUGUGGCAUUUGGACUAUAUUUACUGCCCCAUAUCAGUUAUUUUCCAGAGGAUUUGGUAUCUUUUUUACAAAUGUUUAAAUCAUCACAUGAUCCACAGGACUCAUAUUAUGUCAGAUCUCCCAGGGGGUCCCACCUCAACGUGGACUUUGGUUUAAACACAAUUCUUUUUUUUUUCAUUUAAAUUGUCAUUUCCCAACAUUUGCUAACCAAUUUUACUGGAGAAAUCAUUUUCCAUUCUUAUUUUUUAUAAAACUCCAUGAACAUCUAUUUCCUCGAAACAUUUAGAUAUCGACAUUCUUUAUUUUGAUCUAUUAAGGGAUUAGUAUUUUUCCUUGUUUAUUGUGUUAUCAGACUGCAUUAGAAAGAUUAGGGAUUCACUUCUCAGCACAUUUUUAAUCAAGCAGUUAUUUCAACCAGCACAUUCGUUUUGUUCCUAUUCACUAUAAAAUAUCUUGUAAAUAAAGACAUUCAGCACACUGUGAAAAUGUAUUUGUGCACCUACUUUUAAAAUAUUUCUACUAAAAAUGAAAAAAAACUUAAACCUGUAGAUAGUGAUAUUGGUAUUAAUUCUGUUAAUAAAAUAGUCACAGCC